AUGUUUGAUACAGUUUUGAAGACAUUAAAUGUUGACAAGAAAGAUGUUGUCAUGGUCGGAGAUAGAAUGAUCACUGACAUUGCCUUUGCUUCUCAAAAUGGAGCAAGAUCAAUUUUAGUCUUGUCUGGAGUUGAUACUCGUGAAGAUGCACUCAAAUAUCCAGAUCAAGAUAAACCAACAUGGAUCCUUCCAUCACUCGUUGAAGUUGCCGAUAUGUUUGAAGAAAUGGCUAACAAAAAAUAA